AUGGGUGGAGUGGGAGGGCUGAAGGGGAUGAGUAUAUGUGACUCUUGUUUCCCCUCGUCUCUCUCUCGCUCCACUUCAGUGCCUUCUUUCUGGUCGUUGGGUAACGUUGCCACAGCAGUCAAGAUGGGUUCUAUAGCUGAGAAAGAGAUUGCAACGCUCAACAGCCUCGCUGCGCAAAUCAGCGAGCUGGCGGCCAAAAUGACCAAACAGCUUGAAGCUGCCAAAGUACCUCCAGUCAGCUUGGAAGCAGACAGUCCCAUCAAAUACGAAACCUAUCCCGACGGCUUCUUCAUGAACCGCCAGUUGCUCGAAGACGCGCUCAAGGACAUGUGGAUCCUAUCCCAAGGACCGAGCGAAAGUGUCUACAACUACGUACACAUGGCCAUCCCAGAUGCCUCCUGCCUCAACAUCCUCAACCAAUUCGACUUCUGGCACGCCGUCCCAGUAAACGGAUCCGCCACCUUUGAAGAAGUCGCAAAACACACCAACCUCCCCGUCGAAGUCGUCCACCGCGUCCUCGACCACGCAGUCACCAUGCGCUUCUUCGCCAAACCCACACCAACCUCCACCUCCGUAAUCCACACCUCGCGCUCCGCCGCCCUCGCCAAAGACACCGGCCUCUCCGCCCUCGUCCAAAUGGUCCUCGACGAAACCGGUCCCCCAAUGUUCAAACUCCCCGAAGCCCUCCGCCGCUUCAGCCAGGGAAAGCAAACCCUCACAACCGACAUGACGCAAACCGCCUUCAAACUCUGCCACUCCGGCGGCAUCUGGGGCGACUACGCCAACAGCUGGGACCUGAUUGAAAACGACGGGGUCGGCGCACAAAAGGGCUGGCGUCAACGCAACUUUGUCAAAUUCAUGGCCUACAUCAAAGACCUCUUCCACACCGAAUCCCUCGUCCUCGACGCCCUCGACUGGGCCUCCCAAGGCCCCACCGUCUCCGUCGUCGACCUCGGCGGCUCCGCCGGCCACGACGACGCUGUCCUCGCCCGCACCUUUCCAAACCUCAACAUCGUCGUCCAGGAUCUCCCCCAAGUCGCCCCCGUCUUUGCCCGCGAAUUCCCAGCCGACCUUCGCAAUCGCGUCCGUUUUCAAACUCACAACCUCUUUGAUACCCAGCCCGUCGUUGCGGACAUCUACAUGCUCAAAUGGAUCCUGCAUGACUGGCCCGACGCCGAAUCCGUCGCUAUCCUGCGUGCCCUCGUCCCGGCGCUCAAGCCCGGUGCGCGCGUCCUGUUUAUCGAUUAUGUGGGUAAGCAGGAUCCCGUCGAGGGUGAGGAUUUGCCGCGCAGUAUGCGUGGGUUUGGCACGGCGACGGAUCUGCGCAUGAUGGCGCUGUUUAACGCCAAGGAGAGGCCUGUGCAGGCGUGGAAGGAAAUCUUUAGGCAGGCGGAUGCUCGGUUCGAGGUUGUGAGGGUUGAGGCGGAUCCGUUGAGUUUCAUGUGUGUGCUGGAGGUUGUUUGGAGGGGGUGA